AUGUCAAAACAAUCAGAAAGAAUAAACACUCGUCAAUAUAACACAUUUUCUCAUAGAUAUACCCAAUUAAUUAAUUUUUAUUCUCAAGAAUAUCCAUCACUUGAUAUUAUGAAAUCAAUAGAUACAAGUGAUGUUAGAAUUGAGACUCAACGAGAGAUUAUUGAUGAAGCAGCAAAAAGAUAUGAAGAAAUUCCUAGUGAACAAGUCUCAAAACUCAGAUUAGAUCAAAUAUUUAAUAACAAAAUUCCAGUUUCUUCAGAUAGAAAACCAAAUACACAAUUAACACGUCUUGAAGAACAACUCUUUAAAAAACAAAUUAUUGUUAUUAAAGAAACAAAAAAUUCAUUAAAAGAACCACUUACAUUUACAUUUUCUUCUUCAUUAAAAGAAGGAGAUAGUAUUAUGACUAUUAAAGUUUUUGAUUUAUCUAAAAAAAAUUUUGAUUGUUGGAUUGAAGUUAAAACAUCUAAUACUAUAAGUGAACUUAGAACUGUUAUUCCUUGUAUUAUUCAAAAAGGAAUUAAUGAUUCAGAUUUUAUAUUUAUUAAUGAUACAUUUUAUACUUCUCAAAAUAAUCAAGAACAAGUUAUAUAUAACUUAGUUGAAUGGAGAGAAUAUAGAAAUUUUCAAUAUUCAAGAUUUCCACCUCAUUUUAAAUGUUGUAUUGAAGAUUUUGAAUUAGGUAAAAUUGAUAUUGAAAUAGAUGAACCAUAUUUAUAUGGUCAUCUAAUGGAUUGUGAACAUAUUUUUAUAAUUUCAGAUAUUAGAAUUCCAUUACAAGAAGAUAAUAAUGGUAAAUAUCCAAGAAUUAUAUUCAGAAAACGAAAAGAACAACAAAGAUGUAAUAUUUGUGAUUCAAGAAAAGCAGAGAUUGAAGUGACAGGUGAUAGUGCAGGAAUAUCUGAUCCAUCAUAUUAUUGUAAAGAAUGUUUCUCUUUAUUACAUAAUGAUAUGGACACAGGAUUUGAAAAAAGAGAUAUUUGA